AUGGGCGCAGAGAAUGGGGAAAGGAACGGGCGGAAGCGGCGGAAAGGGGAGGGGGACGGGGGGGAACUGCACGGAGAGGGCGGGAAGAGAAAGCAGGCGAAAUUGGCGAAAGGGAAGAAGCGACACAAGACUGGCGUGUGUUACCUUUCGAGAAUACCCCCUCGCAUGAAACCCUUGAAGCUGCGUCACUUGCUGUCGCCGUACGCGGAAAUCCUUCGGAUAUACCUCGCACCUGAAGACCCAGCAGCUCGCCAGCGGCGGCGGGCAGCGGGGGGCAGCCGAAACAAAAACUUCACAGAAGGGUGGGUGGAGUUCGCACGGAAGAGGGACGCCAAGCGAGUGGCAGCGCUGCUCAACGGCCAGCCCAUGGGCGGCAAGAAUCGCUCCCACCACCGGUUUGACCUUUGGACGAUCAAGUACCUCAAGAGAUUCAAGUGGGACAACCUCAGCGAGGAGAUGGCGUACCGCCGGGCGGUGAGGGAGCAGAAGCUGGAGGCGGAGAUGAGGGUGGCGGCCAAGGAGAGGGACGCGUAUGUGACGCGCGUGCAGCAGAGCAAGGUGCUGCAGCGCCGCCAGGCCAAGGCAGCCAAGAAGACCCUCCCUUCCCCCCCUUCUCCCCUCUCCCACGCCUCCAUUCCUUACCAUCCCCUCUCCCACGCCUCCAUUCCUUACCAUCCCCUCUCCCACGCCUCCAUUCCUUACCAUCCCCUCUCCCACGCCUCCAUUCCUUACCAUCCCCUCUCCCACGCCUCCAUUCCUUACCAUCCCCUCUCCCACGCCUCCAUUCCUUACCAUCCCCUCUCCCACGCCUCCAUUCCUUACCAUCCCCUCUCCCACGCCUCCAUUCCUUACCAUCCCCUCUCCCACGCCUCCAUUCCUUACCAUCCCCUCUCCCUCGCCUCCAUUCCUUACCAUCCCCUCUCCCACGCCUCCAUUCCUUACCAUCCCCUCUCCCACGCCUCCAUUCCUUACCAUCCCCUCUCCCACGCCUCCAUUCCUUACCAUCCCCUCUCCCACGCCUCCAUUCCUUACCAUCCCCUCUCCCACGCCUCCAUUCCUUACCAUCCCCUCUCCCACGCCUCCAUUCCUUACCAUCCCCUCUCCCACGCCUCCAUUCCUUACCAUCCCCUCUCCCACGCCUCCAUUCCUUACCAUCCCCUCUCCCACGCCUCCAUUCCUUACCAUCCCCUCUCCCACGCCUCCAUUCCUUACCAUCCCCUCUCCCACGCCUCCAUUCCUUACCAUCCCCUCUCCCACGCCUCCAUUCCUUACCAUCCCCUCUCCCACGCCUCCAUUCCUUACCAUCCCCUCUCCCACGCCUCCAUUCCUUACCAUCCCCUCUCCCACGCCUCCAUUCCUUACCAUCCCCUCUCCCACGCCUCCAUUCCUUACCAUCCCCUCUCCCACGCCUCCAUUCCUUACCAUCCCCUCUCCCACGCCUCCAUUCCUUACCAUCCCCUCUCCCACGCCUCCAUUCCUUACCAUCCCCUCUCCCACGCCUCCAUUCCUUACCAUCCCCUCUCCCACGCCUCCAUUCCUUACCAUCCCCUCUCCCACGCCUCCAUUCCUUACCAUCCCCUCUCCCACGCCUCCAUUCCUUACCAUCCCCUCUCCCACGCCUCCAUUCCUUACCAUCCCCUCUCCCACGCCUCCAUUCCUUACCAUCCCCUCUCCCACGCCUCCAUUCCUUACCAUCCCCUCUCCCACGCCUCCAUUCCUUACCAUCCCCUCUCCCACGCCUCCAUUCCUUACCAUCCCCUCUCCUCUCUCCUGCUCCCGAAUUACCUGUGCCAGGCCAAGCCCGCAGCAGCAGGGGCGGAGGGAGGGGAGGGGGCAGCGCAGCAGCAGGUUCGACAGCCUGUGCGGCACUACAUCCAGCGAGGAGCAAUAGGGGAGGGGCAGGAGCAGGAGGAGGGUAGACUCAUGUCCCGAGGCGUGCUGGGGAAGGUGAGAGGCGUGCUGGGGAAGGUGAGAGGCGUGCUGGGGAAGGUGAGAGGCGUGCUGGGGAAGGUGAGAGGCGUGCUGGGGAAGGUGAGAGGCGUGCUGGGGAAGGUGAGGGAGACUGGAGUGGUGGGAUUUCAUGCCAUGAUGCGACUUGCCCCCGUGAGUCAUGCCAUGAUGCGACUUGCCCCCGUGAGUCAUGCCAUGAUGCGACUUGCCCCCCUCUCCGUCCCUCUCUUUCUUGAACCCUUUCUUUCGCCAUCUGAUUUUUCCCCCUGCUCCCCACCCUACUUGCCCCCUCUGCUCACCCUGCGCCCUUCUCUCUCUCCCCAUUGUAUUGCAGGUACUAGGCUGACCCGACUGCCCUCACAGCAGCUGUAUCACUACUAA